GUCCCUGCCGUUUGAUCUAUUUCGUUUCCGUUGUCCAUCCUUCGCUGCGUACUACUGAGCGAUCCGUUCUUCAUGUGCUGUCCUUCCGCGAAGACCGAAGAGAAAUGAAGCAAUUCGAAGUUAUCCAAAACACGCUACCUGAAGAUGUUGCCCUCAAAAUUGUUUCGAUGCUUUCGGUACGAGAUUUGUGCGCCUUGGGCUGUUGCUCUAGGUUUUGGAGGGAACUUUGUGGCUCAGAUUGUAUUUGGGAGUCUUUAACUAGAGAAAGAUGGCCUUCUCUUGUGUGCUUUGAUUUCUCUGCUUCGUCUUCUUCUUCUGCUCCUCCCAACGCUCCCAAUUUCAAGGAAUGGAGGAAAUUGUACAUCGAGAAGCACAAUGAGGUGGCAGUUAGAGCAGCAGCUGCUGCCAAGUUUGUGGAAGAGAGCUCGCCCUCUAAAUCACUCGAAGUUGGGGACUAUCUGAAAGCAAUUAGCAUCUUGGAUGAUAUGAAGCUUGGUUUCAAAGAUGUCCAGAUGUGCCUUUUCAGGCCUAACCUGAAGGUGCUGGUUAACUUGGUUGGCCUGCACUAUUGCCUGACUUGGCUUAGAAUUCCGGUUCAAAGUUAUUUUCGACUUUUCAUUUACAAGGAAAUGGCAUCACAGGUCAUGCAACUUCAUAUAACUUGCUGUGUCCUUUGUCUUUCUUUACAAGUUUGCUUCUUGAGGAGCUUCCAAAAGAAGCUCAAUUUAAGAGGUCUCGUCUUGAGAGAUUUUAGUUCUCUUCUCUCUGCUUUUCUCUUUUGUUUAGAAAUUCAUUCCUCUUCUUUGAUGGUCCUAUACCUGAACAUUUCUUCAAAAAAAGUGGAAUCACAAUCAAUAUUAUAUCUUGCAGUCCUUUUUCUCUCUUUUGCCCUUCUUAAAAAUGUUUCAAGGUAGUGAAGUGCAUCCAAUGUUUAAUUAUGAAAGACGUGCGCCUUGUAAAUAUGUACACCUCAGUAUGAGGCCACAAACCAGGUUGCCAGGUGGAUUAAAUUAUAUAGAUGCUUGCUUCUCAUGGUACUCGUAUAAGAGUCAAAACUAAAGCAAAUGCCUUAGGAUUUUAUUAUCAAGUUCUACUAUGAAAACAUGACAGUAGAUAUCUUAACCUUAGUCUUAUCAGCACAUCUCAAUAAAUUUCCCCAAAUUGUUCUGUACCUUGUAUAUAGAAAAAACAAAUAAACUUAAGGGAGAACCUUGGUCUUAUCCAUAUAUAUAUAUAUAUAUAUAUAUUGUUUUUCUCAUUCUUCAUUAGACAGAUAUCAAACCACGACGGAGAAAAAAUGCACAUAGAGAUAAAGUGUUGCCCUAACCUUGUUAAAGGACUGGAUGAGGAAUCUAAAAGAAAAUCUUAAAUGAUGUCAUG